UGACAAACCUCACCACUUACCAUAGCUCGCAGUAGCUUUCCGUACCUCAAUCUAGCCUUCUCCUUACAGGGUCUAUAAAGAUGUACCUCAAAUCGAGCGCCCUCCUUUCCCUCGCUGCCACAACCUCCGCCUUCAACCUCCCCUCUCCUAAGCAUCUCUUCUCCAACCCCGACGCAUCCACCACCGACUUCAACAUCCCCACCGUCCACGAAUCCGCUGUUCAAGCCCGCCGCAUUCUACGCCUCGAAUCCAUCGGCACGCUCUCCACCAUCUUCCCCAGCACACCACACGCCACCGAGCGCCGCCCCAGCGAUGUCGCCGGCGCCCCAAUUGGUUUGAUGGACUACUACGGCGACUGCGAGCCCGAGACCGGCAAUCCCACGAUCCUCGCAAUCACAAUCGCCACAAGCUUCAAGAACGUCGAUGCAGGCAGCAACAUCACGCUGAGUCUGCGCUGGCACCCGCAGGACUCGACGUGGCGUAGCCCUGCCUCCCUCCCACGCUUCAGUCUUGUCGGUCGGCUGGAGGAUCUAACUUCAGACGACUUGAAGAACAACCCGCUAGUGCCGGCUUGCUAUCUCAAAUACCACCCAGAUGCUGCGGCGUGGUUGCCUGGAAACAGGAUUCAUCAGAGCAAGUGGGUGAGGCUGGUGGUUGAGGAGGUGUAUUGGAUUGGCGGCUUUGGCGAUAGGGCGUAUAUUGGAUGGAUUCCAAAGGACGAGUGGAAUGGUGUCACGAAGGAUGAGAUUGAGAGCAUUAGAUUGCCUGGGGAGAAGAAGGGGUGGGGUGGGUGGAGAGAGUGGGUUGGAUUGGGCCAGGUUGAGCUUUGAGCCAUGAGCCGGAAGCCCGAUGCUGCAGUUUGAAAGCUAUGAAGGAAAAUGAACAGGGGCAUCGGAUAGCCUGAAGCAGUACACAGUAUUGCCGGGUUUUGAAUUGGACGGUAUGGUCAUGGGUAGAGCUUCAGGCAUCCUUGUCACUUGCCGUCGCAAGUUAGAACCUUUAGUAUACAUGUUUUGUUUGACUUGG